AUGUCCUUGGGCUAUGCAGCGCUGGGCCUACCAAAGGAAACAGACGCAUCAAUUAGUUUCCCGCCAAGACGUCCUCCGGGGAAAAAACCCAUGCCCACAAUUUCCAACCGCUUUUGCUCCCUUCUUAAAAAAUGCUGCGAGAACCAAAACCUCAAACAAGCCAAAGAGCUCCACGCCCACAUAAUCAAGAAUCUGAUUGACCCUGAAACUUUCCUGCUAAACAACCUCAUCAAUGGUUAUAACAAACUCGGCACCCUUCUGUACGCCCGCAAUGUGUUCGACCAAAUGCCCAGCCCAAACAGCUUCUCUUGGAACACCAUCCUCUCAGCCUACUCGAACAACGGGGACGUCUCGAAAAUGCGGGAAAUUUUUGGCUCGAUCCCGAUCAAAGACGGGAUCUCUUGGAACUUGAUUAUUUCGGGCUACAUGAAGCAAGGGCUGGCCGAGAGAGCUCUACAGGCUUACAGGUCCAUGCUUAUGAAUGGUCCUGAAUAUUUGAACCGGAUCACGUUCUCCACCGUUAUAAUAAUGCUUUCGAACAAGAAUUGGGUGGAUUUGGGUGUGGUUGUUCACGGGCAAGUGAAAAAAUAUGGGUUCGGGUCAUAUGUUUUCGUGGUCAGUCCUUUGGUGGAUAUGUACGCUAAAUGUGGUUUGAUAAACGAGGCCAAACGGGUUUUCGACGAGUUGCCGGAAAAGAAUGUGGUUAUUUACAACACGAUGCUUAUGGGUUUCUUGAGAAGUGGGAUGAUAAAAGAGUCGAGCGAUUUUUUCGGGAUCAUGCCCUCGAAAGACUCGAUUUCUUGGACGACGAUGAUUACUGGGUUAACACAGAAUGGGAUGCAUAAACAGGCGCUCGAUUUAUUUCGGGAGAUGAGGUCGAAUGACGUGAGUAUGGAUCAGUUUACAUUCGGAAGUGUUCUGACUGCAUGUGGGGCUCUUUCGGCAUCGAGAGAAGGGAAGCAGAUUCAUGCGUAUAUUAUCAGAACCGAUCAAAUGGGGAGUGUAUUCGUAGCCAGUGCACUUCUUGAUAUGUACUCCAAAUGUCGAGACAUAAAAAAUUCCGAAAUUGUUUUUAGGCGGAUGAGGAACAAAAACGUCGUGUCCUGGACAGCCAUGUUAGUAGCCUACGGUCAAAAUGGCUUUAGUGAAGAAGCUGUUCGGAUUUUUUCCGAGAUGCAGAGGAAUGGAGUGGGGCCCGACGAAUUUACUUUGGGUAGUGUUAUAAGCUCGUGUGCGAAUCUUGCCAGCUUGGAGGAAGGUUCCCAGUUUCACGGGCAGGCGCUCAUCUCAGGUUUGAUUUCCUUUAUUACAGUCUCGAACGCGUUAGUUACCUUGUAUGCUAAAUGUGGGAGCAUUGACGAGUCUCAUUUGUUGUUUAGCGAGAUAGAGUUUAAGGACGAGGUUUCUUGGACUGCUUUAGUUACUGGCUAUGCCAGAUUCGGAAAAGCUAAUGAGACAAUUAGUUUGUUUGAGCAAAUGUUGGCAAAUGAUUUGAAGCCAGAUGGAGUCACGUUUGUUGGUGUACUGUCCGCUUGCAGUAGAGCUGGAUUCGAACAAAAGGGCCGUCAUUAUUUUGCGUUAAUGGUGGAAAAAUAUAAAAUUAAGCCAAUUCUCGAUCACUAUACUUGCAUGAUCGAUUUGUACAGUCGUGCAGGGAAUUUAGAAGAAGCCAAAAAAUUUAUACUUGGAAUGCCUUGUCAACCAGAUAAGUUCGGUUGGGCCACAUUGCUGAGCUCGUGCAGAAAUCGUGGUAAUAUGGAAAUCGGAAAAUGGGCUGCCGAGUCUCUUCUUGAAUUGGACCCACAAAAUCCAGCUGGCCACGUUUUGCUGGCGAGCAUUUAUGCUGGUAAGGGAAAAUGGGAUGAGGUGGCGAAAUUAAGGAAAAAUAUGCGGGAUAAAGGCGUGAGGAAAGAACCGGGAUGCAGUUGGAUAAAGUAUAAGAACAAAGUUCACGUUUUUACGGCAGACGACAUGUCGAGCCCGUUUUCAGGUCGAAUAUGUAAAGAACUGGAAAAUAUUAAUUUGAAAAUGAUGGAGUUGGGAUAUGUACCGGAUUUGAAAUCUGUUUUGCACGAUGUUGAGGAUUCGGAAAAAGUGAAGAUGCUGAGUCAUCACAGUGAAAGGCUUGCUAUUGCGUUUGGUUUGAUAUUUGUUCCACGUGGACUGCCGAUUAAGGUGGUGAAGAACCUGAGAGUGUGUGAUGACUGCCAUAAUGCGACCAAGUUCAUGUCGAGGGUUACUGGGAGAGAGAUUCUAGUGAGGGAUUCUGUGAGGUUUCAUUUGUUUAGGGAUGGGAAGUGUUCUUGUGGGGACUUUUGGUGA